AUGGAUGAAUCGCUACCAACACUCGAAGCGACUACUGAAAUUUUCAUUGCUGAACGAACCCUCAACAUUCUUGUUAUCUUCCUGACAGUCCUGGGCUCGGUUAUACUCAUUCCAACCGCAUACCUUCGAUGGAGACAUGGAAGACUCAAGGAGACCGAAGUCAUCUUUAUCGUGGCAGGAUAUCUCUUUUUCCUUGCACAUGAGAUUCUUCUUCUCCAGAUCCUGCCGAUGAUAUAUCGUCUGGGAUAUGUUGCCAAUGGACUAAUGGACCCGUAUCCGGCCAUACUCGAGGAAAGGCACUCGGCUGUCCUUUUGACGAUUCAAGACGCUCAACCGUUCGUCGACCCUGGCUCCCAUGUUACACGAUUUCGAAGAGAGAUCCGCUUACAACAGAUAGGAUAUUGUACCAAGCCACACGAGAGUUUGACGCGCAACAUCAGCUUGUUCGGUGGAUUCGCCGCUGAUUUGUCCACUGAUAUACUGAUUCAAAUCAACUCCAAGACGGGAAUCACGAAUCCGAAUGUCCAAUGGGUCGCUCUUUGGGGUACGGUAGAAGCGACCACUGAAAGGCUCUGGUCAGAGCUCGGGUCAGCGACCAACAGGGAAUACCCCGAGUAUUCCGUUGAAGACAUACAUACCACGAAACAGCCUUCGACAUAG